CUAAACAGCAUGCACUGAAUGUAGCUGGAGGCUGUUGGCCAACCGCUUUGAUCUCUUGUCAGUGUGGAACUGUAGUUUGUCCCAUUUGCCGAUCCAUCCAUCCUCCACAGCACCAUGGGUAUCCUUGACAAAAUCCAGGAGAUUGAGCGCGAAAUCGCUCGCACGCAGAAGAACAAAGCUACGGAAUACCAUCUGGGUACGUUGAAGGCCAAAUUGGCCAAGUAUCGGGCCCAAUUGCUGGAACCCACGGGGAAAAAGGGAGAAAAGGGCGAUGGGUUCGACGUGAUGAAGUCGGGCGAUGCUCGCGUGGCCAUGAUAGGAUUUCCAUCUGUCGGAAAAUCCACUCUGUUGAGCACCAUAACCAAAACAGAGAGUGCCCAGGCCUCCUACGAGUUCACGACCCUCACGUGCAUCCCGGGGGUGAUCGAGUACCAGGACGCCAACAUCCAAUUGUUGGAUUUGCCCGGAAUCAUUGAAGGCGCUUCUCAGGGCAAAGGUCGAGGUCGUCAGGUGAUUGCUGUGGCCAGGACGGCCGAUCUGAUCCUCAUGAUCCUUGAUGCCACCAAGAAGGACAUCCACAAGGAUCUCUUGGAAAAGGAGCUCGAGAGCGUGGGGAUUCGCCUUAACGUCCUCCCGCCCAAUAUCUAUUUCAAACAGAAGAAAGCCGGAGGAAUCUCAUUCAAUUCCACGGUGCCAUUGACACAGAUGAACGAGAAAUUGGCCCAAAUGAUCUUGCACGAGUACAAGAUCUUCAAUGCAGAGGUUCUAUUCCGAGAAGAUUGUGGCGCGGAUGCUUUCAUUGACGUCAUCUUAGGCAAUCGAAUGUACUUGAACUGCGUGUACGUGUACAAUAAAAUCGAUCAGAUCCCAUUAGAAGAGGUGAAUCGAUUGGCCCGUCAACCGCAUUGCGUGGUCAUAAGUUGCGAGAUGAAAUUGAACCUGGACUACUUGAAAGAUUGCCUGUGGGAGCAUCUGAACCUGAUCCGUGUUUACACCAAAAAACCGGGUUGUCCUCCCGAUUUCGAUGAUUCUAUUAUUUUGCGGAAUGGUGUCUCCGUCAAGCAUGUCUGUCAUGCCAUUCAUCGCACCAUAGAACAAGUCUUCAAAUAUGCCUUGGUUUGGGGUACCAGCACGAAAUAUUCCCCUCAAAGAGUGGGAUUAUCUCAUAUCAUGCACGACGAGGAUGUGAUACAAGUCGUCAAGAAGUAAUCCCCGUGGAGAGAUGUACGUAUGUCAAGAAUCUGGAGCAUGGCAUUUGUUUGCUCAAUAGCUAUCAACAAAGCACCAACGUGUGUAGCAGUACGGCUAGAAGAGGGAUGGACAACCCGAACUCUGGAUGUCACGUGUAUCCUCGUACGUUUCUUGAAGCAUUCUCGCCACCAUCUUGUUUUCUUACCACCACCAUCACCACCGCCACCAUUAUCAUCAUCAUCAUAACAGUGAUGACAGACGACAUUUUUGAUAAUGACGCUCCAAAGCAUGAAUAAAGCCUCUGCUGGCUUCGUCUCGUU